AUGAAAAAUCAUUAUAAUACUUUAGGUCUUUAAAGAGAUGCUGAAUAAAAGUAAAUAAAAGAAGCGUAUCAUAAACUAGCAUUAGAAUGGCAUCCAGUAUAACAAUAUUGUUUAAAUUAAGUUAGGACAAGAAUAUGAAUAAUAGGACUUAAGCAAUUAUCUAAUUCUAAGAAAUUAGUGAGGCUUACAACACUUUAUCUAAACAAGAGUAAAAGAAAAUAUAUGAUUAUAAUCUUGAUUAAAAGGAAAUUAUAAGAUCAUUUAAUAAAAGAUAACAAGUAUAAGAAAAAGAAUUAUUAAAUUAAUUAACAAAAGAAUUUAAUUUAUCUGAUAAUUAUUUUAAAAAUAUACCUAUUUAACAAAAGAUGAGUAAGAUACUAUAAAUAAAUUCAUAAAUAGAAUGGAUAAGUAGAGUAAACGGAUUAAAAAAAAAUAAUGAAUUUAUUAUAAUCAUUUUAAUAUUUUUUAAAUCUUUAUUGACUUUCUCCAUAAUUAUUAUAAUCACAGAUUUUAAUAAUUUCUUUCUGUGUUAAUAUUUAUAAUCCUUAUAGAAAAGUAUGAAAAUUAAUGAUGAUCUAUAAAAGGAACUAAGCUUGCAAAAUUUGCAAUCUUUAUAACAAAAAUAAAAGGAUUCUAUUUCAACUAAAAAUUAAAAAGCUUCCUUUCUUAAAUGCAUAGUCCUUAUACUAGGUACAUUUUUAAUGUUUGGAAAUAAUUACUCCUUUGAUAAUCCUUAGGCUUUAUAGACUUAAUUGAUUGAACAAUUAGACAUUACCAUCUCAUAAUUUAAUUUACUAUAUUCAGCUUUUGCAUUUCCAAAUAUCUUCUUAACAUUAAUUGGUGGAGUGAUCACUAACAUUUUAGGUAAGAUUUGCAUAAUAUUUUAAGGAGUUAGAGUGGCAAUAAUAGGAUUUAGUUUAGCUAUUGUGAUUGCGUAACUCAUUAUAUCAUUUGGUGGUUUAUAUUAAAAUUUUUGGUUAAUGUUAGUUGGUAGGAUUAUCUUUGGUACUGCUUCAGAAAAUCUAUUAAUUGCUUAAACAACCAUUAUAGGAAAAUGGUUUAGAGGAAAAGAACUAUCUACUGCAAUUGGAUAUGUAAUGGCAAUACCUGAAUUUGCAUGUGGAAUGAAUUCUUUUAUUACUCCUAUUAUAUAUAAUGCAUUUGGUCAUUUGGCCUAUCCACUAUUCUUCAGUGCUUUUCUAUGUUUUCUAUCCUUCCUAUGUGGAGUUAUCUUAUGUAUUCUAGAUAAGAAGAAUGAUUAAUAAUUAAUGGGUAAUAAUUGACAAAACAAUAUAUAUAGAAUUAAAUUAAGAAAUUCAUACAAAUGAUAAGGUAUCCUUUAGUGAUAUAAAAAAUUUUACUUACACUUUUUGGACACUUAUUAUUGUAUGUGCUUUAUAAAUCGGAUCUUACACACCCUUUUUAGAUAAUGCAAAUGACUUUUUGUAGUAAAAAUUUGAUUUUACUUAUCUAUAAUCUGGAAGAUUGCUGACUCUAACUUAUUUAGCAGCUGGUAUAAAUAGUAUUUAAAUAAUUAGCAAUCUUAAGUCCCCUUAUUGGUCCAUAUGUAGAUUAAGUUGGCAAAAGAAGAUUAUUUAUUUUAGCAACAUGUUUAUGUUAUAUUCUUACUCAUUUCCUUUUUGGUAUCAUGAAAUCAAGCCAUGAAGGACAUCCUAAUUAUGUUUCAAUAAUUCCUCUAAUAUUAUUAGGUUUAUCCUAUUCAAUGUAUUGCUGUAUUAUUAUUCCUACUGUUUAAUAUGCUGUUCCAUAAAGAGUAGUUGGUACUGCCUUUGGGUUUGUUGGUAUGUUUACAAAUACAGCAAUGACUUUGUUUCCAAUAAUUGCAGCAUAAAUAGUUUAGAAUUCAGUUGAUGCAGAAUAAGGAUAUUCAUUAGUAGGAUAUUUCUAUUGUGGGAUUUCAAUAAUAGGAUUAGGAUUCACAAUUUCCCUUUAUUAUUUUGAUACUCAAAAUUCUAUAGUGUUAGAUUUUGUGAAUCCUGAAUCACCAACUUUGGAGGAGAAGGAAUUUUAAGAAAAUAAAUAAUUUUAAUGUAAUAAAGAAAAGUUGAUUGAAAUUUGA